AUGCUGAGGAGCGCUCUGCUGUGCGCCGCGCUCGGGCUCCUGCGCGCCCAGCCCUUCCCCUGCCCACCCACCUGCAGGUGCAUUUUCCGCGACGCCGCGCAGUGCUCGCAGGGUAGCGUGGCGCGCAUCGCGGCGCUCGGCUUGCCCACCAACCUUACGCACAUCCUGCUUUUCCGAAUGGGCCCCGGCGCCUUGCUGAACAGCAGCUUCAGUGGCAUGACCGUCCUGCAGCGCCUAAUGCUGUCCGACACCCACGUUUCGGCCAUUGCUCCCGGCACUUUCAACGAUCUGAUAAAACUUAAAACCCUGAGGUUAUCGCACAACAAGAUCACUCAUCUUCCAGGCGCGCUGUUGGAUAAGCUGGUGCUCUUGGAACAGUUGUUUCUGGACGGCAAUGAACUAAAGAGCCUUGACCAAAACAUGUUUCAGAAACUGGUUAACCUGCAGGAGCUCUUUUUGAACCAAAACCAGCUCGCUUUCCUCCCUGCCAGCCUCUUCACACACCUGGGGAACCUGAAAUUGUUGGAUUUAUCGGGAAAUAAUUUGACCCACCUGCCUGAGGGAUUGUUUGGGGUCCAGGUUAAGCUUGAGAAGCUUCUGCUCCACUCGAACCAGCUCGUGUCUCUGGAUUCGGGGCUGUUGGAUAGCCUGCGCGCCCUGAUGGAGCUGCAGCUCGACAGAAAUCACAUCCGUUCCGUCGCACCGGGCGCCUUCGACCGUCUGCGAAGCCUGAGCUCUUUGACUCUUUCCAGAAACCGCCUCGAGUUUCUGCCCUCUGCCCUCUUUCUUCAUUCGCACAAUUUGACCUACCUGACACUGUUCGAGAACCCGCUGGAGGAACUCCCCGAGGUGCUCUUCGGGGUGAUGGGCGGCCUGCGGGAGCUGUGGCUGAACGCCACCCAGCUGCGCACCCUGCCUGCCGCCGCCUUUCGCAACCUGAGCGGCCUGCGGGUCCUGGGGGUGACGCUGAGCCCGCGGCUGAGCGCGCUCCCGGAGGACGCCUUUCGGGGCCUCGGCGAGCUGCGGGUGCUCGCCCUGCGCUCCACCGGCCUGGCUUCCCUCCCCGCCGGCUUGCUCCGCGGCCUCGGCGGGCUGCGCCACUUGUCGCUGCGCCGCAACCGGCUGCGGACCCUGCCCCGCGAGCUCUUCCGCAACCUCAGCAGCCUGGAGGAGGUCCAGCUUGACCACAACCAGCUGGAGACACUGCCCGGAGACGUUUUUGAGGCUCUGCCCCGGCUGGCGAAGGUCCUGCUGGGGCACAAUCCCUGGCGCUGCGACUGUGGCCUGGGGCCGUUCCUGGCGUGGCUGCGGCGGCACGCGGGCCUCGUGGGUCGAGCCGAGGCCCCGCUGUGUCACGGCCCCGGGCCGCACGCCGGCCUGUCGCUCUGGGCCCUGCCCCUCAGCGACCCCGGCUGCCCGCGCCCCGGGAGCACGCCUUCCCGCCGCCUUGCCCUCGGCUCUUCCGAAGGCCCCCAGCAGCCCACCCUGCCCGCCGCCCCUGCCCGCGCUUCCUUGGGACCCAAGCGCUCCGAGUCCUGGGCGUGGGCCCGGCCGGUGGCCGAAGGCAAAAGUCAGGACCAGAGCCUGUUCUGGGGUCUCUAUUUUCUGCUUUUAGCUGCUCAGGCCAUAAUAACCGGGAUCAUAGUGUUUGCGAUGAUUCGACUCGGCAGGCUCUUUCGGAAAUUAAUCAGAGAGAGAGCUCUGGUUUGA